AUGAAAAAUACUCAAUACUUUAACUAUGUAGAAAAUGCCUUUUUCGACCACAAAUUUAGCAGACGUGAUAUUGAAUGCGUUAAAUUUGUUGCUGAGCAAAAUGAAACAUUUGCUUAUCAAGGUAUUGAAGCUAAGCAUCCUGCUGGCUGA